UUUAUAAUAUCGUUUCAAUAAAAAACUAUUGAGUAUAGAGAAUUUCAGAAACUGAAUAUUCAUAUUAUUAAAUUUCCAAUUUAAAAUAAUUCAAAUAGCAGCUUAUAGUGACAAUAUUUUAUAUGCCUUGGUAUAUUUAAAUCAGUAAGAUGUCUUUAUAUGACGAUCUUGAUACAAUUAAAGCUCGAACUACUGAGAAAGUAGCAGAAUGGUCUUCGGGAAUUAAACUUUUACAGUCUCAAUUGCAACUUAAGAAAGCUGCAGUAACUCAACCAAAGAGGGAAGCAUUGCGUAGAUCGAAUCAGGUUUUAACACCUGUUAUUGAUUUGAAAAGUAAACAAAAAGAUGAUGAUGACAUUAAUUCAAACAGCCCAAAAACUCAUUCAAAAACAAUAUCAGCUUCGUUAAAUGUUCGAGACUUUGAUUGGAAUGUUGCUAAUGAGUAUGAUCCUAUGUGGCCAAAUGAUUAUGAAAAAGUUGCCAAAGAAAUGCAAGCUAAAAGGUUAAAUCUUGAUGGAAGUGAAAGAAGUGAUAGAUUAGAGAGGAAACGUAAAUCAAGGUUUGGUGAUGAUGAAGAUAUUGUUCCAGAAAAAACUCUUGUACCUAUGCAACCUGAAGAAGAAGAGGCAGAGGAAAUAUCGAAGAGAGCUACUGGGGUUGCCAUUGCACCGCCACCGUCUCUUACGAUGGAAUCUCUUUCACCACCCCCAUCGAUUGUUCCUAUUCCUGCCGCUAGUCAAGGUUUUUCAAUUGGUGGAUACGGCGCCAGUUCAGUUGCAGCAAAAAUUAUGGCAAAAUAUGGUUUUAAGGAAGGUCAAGGUUUAGGUAAAAAAGAACAGGGCAUGUCUGUAGCAUUACAAGUGGAGAAGACCUCUAAAAGAGGUGGUCGCAUUAUUCAUGAAAGAGACAACAGCGCUAUGCCACCUCCUAGUUUUCUUCUAACAUCACUUCCUGGAUCAGAUUCACCCAAUUCAAGUUCACAACUUCUUAAACAAGAGCCUUCAAUUACAGAAAUUAUGAAGUCACCUAGCAAAGUAGUUCUGUUGAGGAAUAUGGUGGGUCCAGGAGAUGUUGACGAAGAACUGGAGCCAGAAGUAAAAGAUGAGUGUAAUACAAAAUAUGGUGAAGUGGUGAAGGUACUGAUAUUCGAGAUGCCAAAUGUUCCACAUGAUGAGGCUGUUCGAAUUUUCGUUGAGUUUAAAAGAAUUGAAAGUGCAAUUAAAGCAGUUGUAGAUUUAAAUGGAAGAUUUUUCGGUGGGCGACAAGUGAAGGCUGGCUUUUAUGACAUAGAAAAAUUUGGUACAUUACAAUUAACCGAAUAAAAUAUAAUUAAUCAAUAUAUAACUAAGAAAAAAA